AUGGAUUCGGAUAUACGAGUGGAGAGCCAUUCACCCGUAGAGUCCACGGCCAACCUCAACGAAGUGGCCGCUCCUCCUCGGGUUUACGAUCCGUCGGAGAAGUCCGUACGGCAGGACGGUUACUUGGAAAACCAACUGCCUGAACGUGGAGACGAGUCCCAUCCAAGUCCUCGAGAGACCAGAAAUGAAUUUGACCAUGUGCAAAGCCCGGCUGUUGACCCAGAAGAGAAACGUCUGAAGCACAAAUACAUCUUGAAGUUUCUCCGGGUUAUGUACGUUGUGUCCUAUCUCAUUCUAUUUUCCAUCAUCGGUACACUACUCCGGUUGGUUAUCGAAUCCCUUGCUUUUUAUCCUGGGACCCCGGUCAAUACGAGUGUUCUAUGGGCGAACGUCGGGGGCAGUAUGGUCAUGGGUUUUCUGAGCGAGGAUCAAGAGCUGUUUCGUUUUGAGAGUGUCGAAUCUAGCAUCCCUGAACCAGCGAGAAAUAACCCGUCAGAGCGAGCCGCGCAUCUAAAGGCUCACAAGAAGACUGUACCCUUGUACAUCGGUCUGACCACUGGCUUCUGUGGAAGUCUCACUUCAUUCUCAGCCUUUAUCCGCGACGUCUUUCUGGCGCUCUCCAAUAAUAUAGCGGUGCCAAACGGCUCCUACCCCGAAGUUUCUAUAUUAGUGUCUAGUUCUGUGGGGUUGAGAGCUCACAACGGCGGGUUUAGCUUCAUGGCUCUUAUCGCAGUUCUCUUCACGGAGAUCGGCCUCUCUUUGGCAGGUCUUUUUCUCGGAGCCCAUAUUGCGAUUGCCCUAUCCCGAUGGACGCCUAGUCUGUCCCAAUCAUGGCUGCGGAAAUACUUGGAUCCCCUCUCAGUCAUUCUGGCUUGCCUAUCCUGGGCCGUGGUCAUCUGUCUCGUAAUAUUGUUGCCACAACAUCACGGAAUGCCCACGAUAUGGAGCCCAGAUAUAUGGCGAGGACCGUUUCUCUUCUCCCUAGUCUUUGCACCUGUUGGCUGCAUAGCGCGGUUCUUUAUCUCCCUCAAGUUCAACAGCCGGAUAGUUUCUUUUCCUCUAGGAACAUUUGGGGUUAAUGUAGGAGGCACAAUGGUGCUCGGAAUGGCAUUCUCCCUGCAGCAAGCUCCUGUCAAUUCUCUACGGCUGGCUAUGGGAGGCGUUACUGGUUGCCAGGUCUUGCAAGGGAUUGUGGACGGAUUUUGCGGGAGUCUGACGACUGUGAGCACCUGGGUUCUGGAACUGUCCGAUUUGCGGCGACGGCAUGCCUAUGUUUACGGUGGUGUGAGUGUGGCAGUCGCCCUAUGUUUCCUGGUGGUGGAAAUCGGAAGCUUGCAGUGGACUCGAGGUCUGGCGACGCCUGCUUGUUUUCCACAGUGA